CAAUGAAUGAAGAUACACAUCUUUAUCAUAGAGGAGUGGAAAGCAAAUCUUGUGGCCACAGAAAACAGAGGAACCCUUGGAGAAUAUGUCCUAUUGCUUUUACUGUAGAAGCAACAACCAUACCUGAGUAUGAUCUGCGAGAGUGCGUGCCUAGGAAUUAUGUAAAUGAUGAUCCAAUCGAAACCUCUAAACGCUCAGCUUGCACUCUACGGCUCAGAACCCCAACUUCCAGAAAACAAUAUUUCUGUCAUGACUGCGGGAAGUCCUUUUCUGAUAGUUUUAGGUUGACAAUUCACCAGAGAAGCCACACAGGAGAGAGGCCCUACGUGUGCACCGACUGCGGGAAAAGUUUCACCCAGAGUUCCAAUCUUAUAACUCACAAGAGGACCCACACAGGGCAAAGACCAUAUAUGUGUACUGACUGUGGCAAGAGUUUUAUCCAAAGGACCCAUCUUGUUUUGCACCAAAGAAGCCACACGGGAGAAAGACCUUACAGUUGCUCAGAAUGUGGAAAAGCCUUUGCCCAUAGCUCACGUCUGGUGAUACACAAAAGGAUUCACACCGGAGAGAAACCUUAUGUCUGUGGAGAAUGUGGGAAAGGCUUCAAGAGUAAGACUCAGCUGGUAAGCCACCAGGUUCUCCACACUGAGGACAUGCUGUAUAUUUGCGCAGAUUGUGGGAAGAGUUUCAGUAAUCACCUGACCUUUGCCAGGCACCAAAAGAACCAUAAGGUGAAAAGACCACAUGGCUGCCAAGAGUGCGGUAAAAGCUUCACUCACAUUUCACUGCUGGUCAUGCACCAGAGAACCCACACCGGGGAGAGGCCUUAUGUGUGCACAGAGUGUGGCAGCACCUACACCCGUAACUCACAUCUUGUGGCACACCAGAGAACACACACAGUGAUCCAUCAAGUCUAAUAAUUCACAGGAGAAACCACACUCGAGAUUGACUUGCUUUCUCACAUUUUCUAGCACUGAAAAAGAACUGACCAUUCAUUCAUUUAAUAAUUCAUUCAUUAUUUCUAGUUAAACUCCGCCUGUAUUUUCUACAGCUGAAUGCCAUUGGAUGAUGCCAAUUGCUUUAUUUCAACCAAAGCUUUAUAGUUGUAUCCAGUGGCGUAACUAUAGAGGAAGCUGACCCCGCAGUCGCAGGGGGCCCGGAGAACAGGGGGGCCCCAGGGUCUUCUUGAAAGGAGAAUAUUUUUUCAAGAAUAGCCCCAUUCGGGAACCCAGUCUCAGGACACGUAUCACAA